AUGCCAUCAUCCCACAAGGAAGGGCAAGCGACCUACGGUCUCCCCAAGUCGCCCCGGAGCCCGUGGGCCUGGCUCUCCUCCACCUUGGGCAAUUCCAAGCCUCCAUCUUCUGAUGCGCCCCGAAACCCCUCGUGCCCCUCAAGAGCCCCCCCAGAGCCCCCCUGCGCCGUGGCAUGCGCUCGCACACCCCUCCAGGGGCCACGGGGACGGCGCUGGGGCUCCCCGUCAGCGUCCUGGCCACCUCCUAGGCUGCACCCCGAAAGCCCUCGAGCCCCUCCAGCGCCCCCCUGCACGGGCGUCCCCUUCCUUCGUCCUCGAGGGCGGGCGACCCCUCGUCCGUCCCUUCAGCCGCCGGCCGCGCGCGCUCACCACGCCGGGGAGGGGCCUCGGGCUGCCCCCGCCCCUCGGACGGACGGACCGACGGACAAUGCCGCGCGGGCCCGGGCUCCGCCGAGCGCCUCAGCGCAGCCUCCGCCAACCGCCCCAACCGCCCGAUCGCCCGAUCGCCCGCCCGCCGCGCAGGCGCCGCCUCAGCCCGAGCCCAGCCGAGCCGACCCACCCGCUCCCGCGCCGCCGCCGCCGCCGCCGCCCGCCCUCGCUGCGCCCGCGUCCUCCGCCUCGCUCCGGCCCGUCUCCUCAGCCCAGCGGCGGCGCUCGCUCGCCCGCUCGCCCGCUCGUCCGCUCGCUCCCCACGGCGGCGUCUGCGGCGGCGGCUCUGUGGUGACUGAGGCGGCCGAGGCGGCGGAGGCGGCCCCGAGCGGCGGUCACGUGACGCCGCCGAGCGCGCUCAUUGGCCGAGGCCGGGGGCGUGGCCCGCCGCUGCUGGGAAACGGAAAAGAGAGACAGAGCGACCGAGCGACCGGGAGAGAGCGCCGCGCCGCCUGCGCCAACUGCGCACCUGGGAGCGCGCAGGGAGCGCACGCGGAGGGCGGGGCCCGCUCUUUGCACCUGCGAGCCGACGCGCGCUACGUCAACUGCGUCCCGGCUCCGGGCCCCGCCCACACACACACACACACACAGGGCGACUGUUGCCGCCGCUGCUGCUGCUGCUGCAGCACCUGA